GAUGGCAGCCUCCAUGCGCAAAUGUGUUUUGAUAAAAAAAUUCAAUGUUUAUCGGAAUUUUCGGAUCAGAAAUGAAUCCAGAGCAUUGUCAUGCCUCGUAACCAAUGGUAAACGAUUUUCUGGACAUGUUGAAAGCGAUUUGCAUGGAAAGGUGCCCCUGUUCUCACUGCCCAAGUUGACACCAUGGCAACAGUUCCGUCUGAUGUCCACCGACAACAGUGCAGCAGAGGACGAUGCUGCAGAAGACGAGUACCACACUCUUAUCAAAGACACAGAAAGGGCCAAAGGUCCAUCAGAGAACCAUGAGUUCCAAGCUGAAACCAGGAAACUUCUUGACAUUGUGGCCCGGUCUCUCUACAGUGAAAAAGAGGUGUUUAUACGGGAGCUGAUAUCCAACUCGAGUGAUGCGCUAGAGAAGCUGCGUUACUUCCAGCUGAACGAUGAGAACAUAGAAGACCGGGACCUGCCCCUAGAGAUUCACAUAAAGACUGACGAGAACAAGAAAACAUUCACCAUACAGGAUACUGGCAUUGGUAUGAAAAAGGAGGAACUGUUAGAAAACCUCGGCACAAUAGCACGGUCCGGAUCUAAGGCGUUCCUGGACACCGUUGAAAACUCAUCUGACGCCGGAAAGAACAUCAUUGGUCAGUUUGGCGUUGGCUUCUACUCUUCGUUCAUGGUGGGCACUAAGGUGGAUGUCUACAGCAAGUGUAUGGAGCCCGGCUCAAAGGCUUACAAGUGGACCUCUGAUGGUACAGGGACGUAUGAUCUGAGUGAGGCGGAGGGCGUUCAGCGGGGAACAAAGAUCGUGAUUCACCUGCGAGGGGAGAGCAGCGAGUACUGCGUCGAGAGUUACGUUAAAGAUGUGAUAACCAAGUACAGCAACUUUGUGGGCCUGCCCAUCUUCCUGAAUGGGAAGAAAGUCAAUGUUGUACAGGCUCUGUGGAUGAUGGAGCCAAAGGAGGUGACCGAGGACAUGCAUGAGGAAUUCUACCGCUUCAUCGCCAACGUGUACGACAAGCCUCGUUACAGCAUACACUACAAGACAGACGCCCCACUCAACAUUCGAGCCCUAUUCUAUGUACCAGAGUACAAGCCAACAUUGUUUGACAUGAGUCGAGAGACAGACUCAAGUUUACAGCUGUACAGUCGUAAGGUCAUGAUUAUGGCCAGAACUAACAUGAUCUUACCCAAGUGGCUGCGAUUUGUCAAAGGUGUUGUGGACAGUGAGGACAUUCCGCUGAAUCUUAGUCGAGAGUUGCUGCAGGACAGCUCCCUCAUAAGGAAGCUGCAGCAGGUUCUCACAAACCGGUUAAUCAAAUUUUUCCAGGACCAGGCCAAGAAGGACCCAGUCAGAUAUGACCAGUUCUAUGAGGAUUACGGGCUCUUCUUCAGGGAGGGCAUUGUCACCUCACCCGAACAGGAAACCAGGGAGAACAUAUCGCGGUUGUUGAGGUUUGAGUCAUCAAAGCUGCCGGCAGGAGAGAGAACCAGUCUGGAGGAUUACUGUUCCCGCAUGAAGGCUGGGAAACGGAACAUCUACUACCUUGCUGCUCCAAGUCGUGAGAUAGCAGAAACAUCCCCAUACAUGGAAGCAAUGCACAAGAAGGAUGCAGAAGUCCUUUUCCUGUAUGAGUCUUAUGAUGAGCUCGUUCUGAUGAACCUCGGACAGUUUGACAGAAAAACCCUCAGUGGUGUCGAGAAUGACCUUGUUGAUAACGUAGGAGACUCGAAUACUGUUGAUGAAAAAGAUACUACGAGUCUUUCCCAAGCUGAUGCAGACACACUCAUGAACUGGUUAAAAUCAACCUUAACAAACAGGGUCCAUAAAGUCAAGAUAACAAACCGGUUGUCAAGUCACCCAUGUGUGAUCAGUGUCCAGGAGAUGGGGUCAGCCCGACAUUUCCUACGCACCACGUUCGCAGACAAGUCCCAAGAGGAGAGGUUCAGGCUCCUACAACCCACCCUAGAAAUCAACCCAUGUCAUCCAUUAAUAAAGAAAUUGAAUACUCUCCAGUCAGAAGAUCAAUAUCUGGCAAAGUUACUUGCAGAACAGCUGUAUGACAAUGCCAUGGUAACAGCAGGCCUGCUGGAUGAUCCGAGGUCUAUGGUGAAACGCUUAAACCAACUUCUGGAAAAAGCCCUGGAAAAAGUGUGACCUUGAAAUGAUGGAAUCUCUGCUGGUUGUAGAUUACUUUAAAUAUCAACAGAUUAACAUGUGGUUGCCAAGUCAAAAUGACAAUUAACAAUAACAAAGACAUGAACUAGUUUUUCACCAGAAAAAUUGAAGUGCAACUGUUGUAACGAAGGUGGUAUUACAGACUAUGCUGGAGAGAAUUAUGUGAUAUGUCUUGAACAAACUGUCCAGAACAUAAAACCUGUCCGACAUGGGGAGAUUGUGGCUCAUUGGCACUCACAAUUCUCACACGUUAAUAUCACAUUAAGGGGCAUUUAAGUUCAUGUUGAAACAUUAUUUGAUUAUGUGAAAUGCAGAUGCAUAUGUUUGUAUUCAAGUAAAUAUAUGUAAAUGAAUAUAUAGAUUGUUCUGUUUAUGUGUGAUUUUAAGUGACUUGCUUUGGCUAAUGAUUUUAAAUGUCUUAAUAAAAUAAUUCUAGAUGAUAAUCAUGUGUGUUAGUGCUUUACAUGAAAUUUGUUUGUCAGACUUGAAAAAUAAAUGAUCGAAAAUGAA